AUGAAUUUGGAAAUGACUUUUGAUGACAAGAUGAAGCCUGCGAAUGACGAGCCUGUUCAGAAGUCAUAUGGCAAGAAGCCUAAAGGUCUGCAUUUGCUUUCGUCCCCAUGGUGGUUCCCUGCUGCUAUGACUCUGGUCAUCCUCUGCCUGGUGUUGUCAGUGACCCUUAUUGUACAGUGGACACAAUUACGCCAGGUAUCUGACCUCUUAAAAGAAUACCAAGUGAACCUUACUGAGCAGGAUCAUAUCCUGGAAGGGCAGAUGUUAGCCCAGCAGAAGGCAGAAAACGCUUCACAGGAAUCAAGGAAGGAACUGAAAGGAAAGAUAGACACCCUCACCCAGAAGCUGAAUGAGAAAUCCAAAGAGCAGGAGGAGCUUCUACAGAAGAAUCAGAACCUCCAAGAAGCCCUGCAAAGAGCUGCAGACUCUUCAGAGGAGUCCCAGAGAGAACUCAAGGGAAAGAUAGACACCAUCACCCGGAAGCUGAACGAGAAAUCCAAAGAGCAGGAAGAGCUUCUGCAGAUGAUUCAGAACCUCCAAGAAGCCCUGCAGAGAGCUGCAAACUCUUCAGAGGAGUCCCAGAGAGAACUCAAGGGAAAGAUAGACACCCUCACCCGGAAGCUAAACGAGAAAUCCAAAGAGCAGGAGGAGCUUCUACAGAAAAAUCAGAACCUCCAAGAAGCCCUGCAAAGAGCUGCAAACUUUUCAGGUCCUUGUCCACAAGACUGGCUCUGGCAUAAAGAAAACUGUUACUUCUUCCAUGGGCCCUUUAGCUGGGAAAAAAGCCAGCAGACCUGCCUAUCUUUGGGUGGCCAGUUACUACAAAUUAAUGGUGCAGAUGAUCUGACAUUCAUCUUACAAGCAAUUUCCCAUACCACCUCCCCGUUCUGGAUUGGAUUGCAUCGGAAGAAGCCUGACCAACCAUGGCUAUGGGUGAAUGGAACUCCUUUGAAUUUUCAAUUCUUUAAGACCAGGGGCAUUUCUUUACAGCUAUAUUCAUCGGGCAACUGUGCAUACCUUCAAGACGGAGUUGUGUUCGCUGAAAACUGCAUUUUAACUGCAUUCAGCAUAUGUCAGAAGAAGACAAAGCUAUUGCAAAUUCAGUGA